AUAGCUUACGUGACUCCCUCGCAAUUUGACGUUUGGUUUUUGCCAAAUUUUGACAGCACCAAUUGCUUCAUAAAAAAAUUUUAAGCGAACGUUUUUGUUUUCACAAAUAAUACAUAGAAAUUAAGUUAAGGAUACAACAUGAAUUCGGCGACGAAAGUUGGCGAAAUAUUUACAGCCGCUGGCCAAGCUUUUAGUCGUUUGGGAGAUUUAACAAUGCAAUUGCAUCCAAAUGCCGAAUCGCCAUCAGGCAAGUGGACCGAAGAGGAGAUAAAUAUGCUACACUCAUCCAUACUACGUUUUUCAGAUGAUUUGAAUAAAAUAAGCUCAAGCAUUAAAAAUAGAACAGUAUCUCAAAUACGACAAGCACUUAAGAAGAAGGCUUUCGAAGAUGCCGGUAUACCAGCCAAACAGGUGCCUGUGCAGCAAGUACAACAUGUUAUACAGACCGUGCAACAAUUGCCAACACAGCAGACGCAUGUUGUAAAACAGCAAACAAUACAAUUGAAUACAAUACAGCAACAGCACCAAAAUGUGAAUGUAAUAACGCAACAACAACAGCAGCACCAUCAACCACAACAAACACAGUCAGGCACACCACAAACAGUGCAUAUACAACACGUUCAACGUAUAUUGCCCGUGCAGGCAACACAGGUGUCACAGCAGCAACAUCAUCCCCAACCAACAUUAACUGCGCCACAAUCGCUACAGACAUCACCCAAACAAAUUAUCAUACAACAAACCAGCGCAGCAACACAAAUCAUACAACAACCACAGACUACCACAGUAACGUUGCAGCAAUUCCAACAAUUGCAACAGCAACAAAAAGCAUUGUUGGCCGUAUCAGCAGGAUCAACAAUGGCUACUGUCACGGAGAAUGUGGUUUUACAACCUGCUACGUCGACGCAAAUGGCGCAGGUGGUGCAAUCCGUGCAGCAACAGUCGGCGCAGCAGCAAACAACGUCGCAACAAGCUUUAGCGGUGGCUAGUAGUGCUGCUGCCAUAACUGCUGUGGCGCCGACGACAGCUAUGGUCCCAGCUACAGGUGUUGUAAGUGGUGUGGCUGUAACGACUACCGCACCGCAAACUACAAGUUCUAUAGCUUUGAAAUCUGGUCCAGAUGUGAUGAUGACACUGAAUCGUAUCAACACACAGGAACACGAAGAAGAAUGUCUACCCGCUGAUGUGGUCAAAUUGGAUUUUGCCAAUGAAGAGGUAACCGGAUGAAAUCUAGAGAAUGCGGUGGCGAGUGAUGUUGGUGUAGGUGGUGGUAGCGGCAAUGGCGAUAGCGUGGAAUGUGUGACGGUCGAAGAUGAUGAUUAUUAUUUUUUCAAUUCAAAGAAUUAAAUAAUUUACGUAUAAAUUGAGUACAUUAAUAGAAAAAGAAACUGUUUUAAUGAAUUAUAUUUUAAUAGAAAUUUAAUUUAUUGUAGUUCGUUAUGCAGAAUUCAAUUGUUUGACCAAACAUUAAUUAAUUUAGUCUCAUGUGCAAGUGGGAAUUACGCAUAACUCAAUAUACAGUUGUAUUUAAAAAUUAUUCUUUAUAAAAUUAACAUCAUCUAUAUUUAAGUUUAAUGCAAUCAUUAGUAAGGCUUAUACAAAUAAGUGCCAAGUUUAUAAAAACUUUAAUUCUCUAAAGAUUGUAAAUUGCACACCUACACUUUAAAUAUCUUUUUAUUAGUAUCUCUUCGGCAAACAUUGUAAUCACCCAUGAGUAUUGUUGUUCAUUUUUUCUAUUAUUUAAUGGCGAAGGCUGGUGUGCGUUUGAUAUGUACAAAUUGAACAAAGGCCAUCAUAGGCUUAAAAAAUCGUAACAAAUAUUUCUAGAACCAUGUAAAAACUUUAAUAAGAAUAAAGUCUUAAAAAUUGGCAUUGUUGAAGGUACUACAUUUUAAGCUAUUUUACUUAAAAUAAAAGUCAUAAUUUUGUAUAAAAUAAACAUAAAAUCUUUAAACUCAUUAUGUUUGAAUAAAUGGAAGAUAAUAUAUAAUUAAUAUAAAAUUGCAAGUUGCAAUUAAUAUACAGAUACAA